AGGUCCAAGCCGGCAGCCUCUGAGUCAAGUAUCUGGAAAUCAUUUCAAUUGGAAGGGGAAUCACAAGCCUGGGAAUGGCUCCGACAACGAGAAGUUGCUAGUCCCAUCAGUGAAGCCUUGAACAGCACCCAUAGGUUGCUGAAUCCAACUCCCUGGAGCAGAAUCUCUUCUACCUUACUUCUUUUUUGUUACAUUCCUCAGAUUGAUUACAUAAUAAUACUGAUGUCAUUGUCAAGGUGCGGGCUUGCAGGUAUGAAAAACAGAUCAAUUAAGGCCGCAGGCUGCUGGACAGGCUGGUACAGGAAGGCUCUAUGGACAGGACGUAGCUCGAAGAGCUUCGGAAUGUUGCAAGUUUCCGCUGUCCAGAGCAGAAAAAGGUCAUCAGUCUCAGGCCUGACUCGAGCGUGGUCCAACUGUUUUAGGUUUGACUUACCAAGGCACCGCGGUCAUAGGACCGGCCUGGGCAAGGGACCGACAACCGCUGGCCAUGCUGGCCUCAGGACCGCCGAGGCCUUGAGACCAUCUACCCUCGACAUUUGGUGA